CUUUACUGCUGCGAUUACCUGCAUCGACCUGAAAGUAUGGGGCACUGAAGCACAUGUGGCUGACCCGCCUCCAUACGCAUGACACUGUGAUGGGUCGCAACAAGCACGACUCCAAACCCCACCAAACCAGAUCGACUCCUCUAUGAUCUACGUGUUGAGAACAGAUGGGUAUUGUCAAAGAGUGAGGUCCUGAUAGGACUCGAAUGAAAACAUGUUCGCGGCAGCAAAAGAUGGAGGACGCGUUCCGCAAACGAGGAAUGAGGAUGAGUGCGCUGUCGAAACGGGCGUGCUGGAGCGGUAGGAUGACGCUGGGGGCCUCCACGACAUGUACAGUUACCGUGGCGCACACGUCUAGCUAAGCGUGCGGUGUGGGCGCACACCCGACGGCCACCACGACAUCUGCCACCCCGCGUCCCCCAACCUCCAAUGUGGCGGACCACAUGCGGAGCGCCGAGGAUGAAAGUUCUGGGAGCCCUUUCCCGCCUAGUGUUCCGACAUGCAGCCCGCGGGCGUGCUUAGAGGAUCUCGCGAGGGCGCACGAUCUAAUCGAUGAGGCAAUGAUGUGUGCCCAUCCAGCGCCGGCCGGCACAGCCCACCCUCGAGCGUCUACGCCAGCGUACGUGACCCACUUCGCACCUCCCACACCAUGGACCCGCUCGCCGCCAUCCCCACCGACAGCCCCGCGAAGCCGCACCCGCUCGAAGUGCAAAGCGGCACGAAGCUGCGCCUGCACAUCGAGCGCAUCCCGCCGUCCUCGACCUCCGUGCCGCACAUCUCGCGCGCAAUUGACAUUGCGAACGAGAUCCUCCUCGGCCUCUUCCCCGCAACGUUCGACCCUGCAGCGUACGCCGAAGCGUUCGGGCGCUGCCGCUCCGUCGCGCUCGUCGUCGCGUGCGUCCGCACGUUCUUCGAGGUCGAGAGCGUGCUUGCGGAGCGGCAUGCGCGGGACGAGGUUGCGCGUCAAGCGCGCGAGGCGGAGGAGGCGCGCCAAGCCGAGGCCGCGCGGCUGCGCGAGUCCGUGCUGGGCGAGCAGGGCAAGCGCACUAAGCCUGACCUCGUGAUUAACACAAGCGACGACAGCCCAAGCUGCGCAUCAUACCUCGAGCCAGAGGGAUUCCUGGGCCGCCGCGCCUCCGCCCCGGCUUCGCCCACCGGAUUUUUGGCGCGCCGCCCCUCACGCAACCCCUCGCGCACCCCAAGCCCACGCAUCCGCGUCCCCGUCCAGUACGAGUAGGGGGUCCGAGGUGUCAAUCGACUCGUCAGUUACUAGAUGCUGUGCCAUGAUAGAAUGCGUCUGCCAUCUACUGUCUCG